CGGCAGCAGCGGCGGCGGCGGCAGGGGAAAAGGCUUCGGCUGGUGUCUGAAAGCCCCUGGGUUGAGGUGGUGGUAAGGAAACAGCGGAGCCCCGCUGGGCUUAAGCCCUCCCGGGCUGGGCGGAGAGGCAGUGCGGAGGGCCAGGCUCUGCCUGUCGGUGGGAGGCUGCUUCUCCUUAGUGGCUCCCUUGUGACAGAGAAAGUGUCCUGACUUGGGCGGGUUAGCGACCACUUUGUGCCUUCGGAGCAGACUUGUGUUCCACGGGGUUGUGUGUGUAGUCUUUUAAAAGUAUGGUUGUUCGGGAGUUCAUCUUUCACAGCAGGAAAACUGUCCUCGCUUCCUUUUUUUGUUAGCCAGAGUAAUAACCUGCAGCACCGAGACUGUUUUGGAGGCAGGUCAUCUUUUUUAAGCAUACUGAAAAAAGUUUCGGUUCAGAUGCCGGAGAAGACUGGUUUGAACAAUGUGCCCUGACUUACUGAUAGAGGCUUGUCGGGCUGCGUUUCCAAUGACGUGUCCUCUCGUCUGGAGGCAGCGAGCCGCUGGGAGAAUGUCAUAACUGUUGAAUGAUCUAACUUUACAGCACCUGACCACAAAAAGAGUUUUAAAAAAGCUUGAGAAGCCACUCCGAGCUAUGUAGCUUUCUGCUAGUGUAUCAGUGUGUUACUUAUUGUCACCAUUACUGCAUUGCAAGUCUUCUGCAUUAUUGCUAGCUGUAAGAAUGGGAACAUCGUUCAGGUGUAAGUUGAAGACUACAUUCAGUUUAACCUUUGCACCCUAGAAUCUUUCAUCUCGUUUAACUGAGUUGUCCUCAUCACUGCUUCUCAUAAUAUAAUUUAGGAGGGUAUAUUUUAUAGUAUCCUAUUUGCUAUUUCUGAUCUAACUCAGUUCUUUAGUAUUGGUGUGCUACAGAGCUAUCUGAUGGUGGCUUGAUGUUGUCCCCCCACGUUCCUGCCCCCAUUCUCUUUUUAUUGAAGUUUCCUCUUUUGAAUCAACUUUUGCAACUUCCCGGGUUAUUUUAAGUUUUCUUCAUUGUCAUUUCUUGCCUAGCUGUAAUGGAUAUUGAGUUAUUUUUUCCUAAGCAGUAAGUUAAAUUCAGGUAGUUCAGGUAAGAGGACUUUCAGGAGCCAUAUUAACAAAAUAAGAAUUUGAGUAUAUUAUUUAAAAGAAAGAGUAGAGAAAAAAGCCCCCAAAAUGCUUCUCAUUGACUUUUCCAUGUCUCUUGUACGUAUGUGACUUGGAACACAAUUGCAGACAAAACAGCAUUUUUUUGUGUACUUCUCAAUGUUGGGGUUUUUGAUAUAAUUGAAACUUGAAACCACUUAUGCAUUUGUCCAGCACAUGGUGUCCCUAUGACACUGAGUGAGUCCAAAGGAGAUAUGAACUUCCUGGAUCUUUUACUUCUGGCAGGUGACCACCACCUCCUUUCACUCUUUGGGGUGCAUCCUGUGAAGCUCCGUUGACCUGCUGCUAAGGUUCUAAAAGGAUGAGGAAGGAUCCAAAUGCCCAGCAUAGGUUCUGCCCAUUGCUGCCUGGAGGUGUGCAAGUACAUGUGUUCAACAUGUGCUCCUCCUUCUGGGUGCAGUAACACCCAGAAGUAGUUGAGCAGCGGGUGCUGUGAAGGUAGUUGUGAAGGUAGCUGUGGUAGAGGUUGUUCAAGGAUCAGUCAGCAAAACAUAGGGGACCGGAAAGGGCAGGAAUGGCAGGCGGUAAGGAGCUGGAGUACCUUUGUGCCUGUGAGUUGGAUUGCAUACAGGCAUGGUCUUCACUGAACACCAUGAGGGCUUCCAGCCUAUCGGAGAGACAGUGGGGGAGCUGAUUUCAGUGAUAGCCUGCCCCCCACCCUGCCCCAAGACACAAAUGAAGUUUGUUGUAGGACUAGUUAUGCUGAAAUUUCUGUGAUUGUUCCUGCCAAAGCAUUUUGUGUAGCAGCCUGGUCAACGGUGCAUGUGUAAACACAUGUAGAUGCAGUGCUGUCUGUAUAGGUGUGGGUACGUGGGUGUACCUGUGUGUAAAUAAAUGUGUACACACAGAGAGUCACAGUCAGGUUAGUAAAGUGCUGUGUGUGCCUAAAGUAAAACUGUUCAAGGAACGGUGAAGAACAGGACUUGAUGCGUUGCCUCCUUGCCUGGCACUCGAGUUGGGCUGUCAUGAACUUGGGUGCAGGAAGGUAGAGACAGUGUUAGUGUCCGUGCGCAGACUGAAGCGUGUGGCACAGCGUCUGAAAUGUGCUAAGGGUUGGGAUUUCUCUUGCUUUUGGACUUGGUGUGUUGCCCCGGGUGAUUUCCCCUAAAAAAGGGAAAUGGUGCAGGGAAAGGGGCUGCUUCUGCAGAGAGCAGCACAGGCUAACUUCAUGUGGUGUCCUGCAUAGCGGUACUGUGGUUGGAGGCAGCUGCCUGGUGCUGCUGCCAUUUGGAGAGAGCACUGUGCAGGGACAUGAGCGGCGGUUGCUCACCUUCGUGUGCUUGGAGGUGAGGGACUCGAUCCCCUGUUGUGCCUUGAGCUAGAGAGGCUUGAGGAGAGCAAGGUCACCUUCUCCUGAACCAGUACUGACUCUGCUCGUGUUGCACGUGAGUUGCUAGGGGGGUGGAAUGAGGUGUUUUGUGCACACGAGUGUGCUCAGCGUUAGGACACGACCCUGCGUGCAGCACACGUUUUGAGAGCAGGGUUGGUCCUGGGCUGUGUGAGAGCUCCGUCCAGCUUCGGUCCACAAUCGUGGCGGGGAGGUUUCUCUGGCGAGACAGCCCCUGCGGUGAGUGAGCGUCUGGGAGAAGAACGCCUGUCCCCGAGUGCAGAGCCUGCCUGGCAGCACUUGUGCCUGGAGCUCCCCAGGCUUUCAUGAGUGUAGCCGGUGGCCCUGGAGAAGCCCUGAGUGUGCACAGGCCUGUGAGCUGAGGGGGCUGGGAGGGCUUUAGGUAGCUCUGGCGCCUGCUUUGAAACCGCCUCCUGCGCUGCCCAGCCUUCCCGGGCAGGAGCCCUUGCUGGCAGGUAAGUCUUCUUCUGAAGCGUCCUGCCAGCACUGUAGCAGCCUGUGGCACCAGGGAAGGUGCUGGCAGUGACGAAGCUGCAGACUGCUCAUACCUUCACCAGCACCGCAGUGGCGGGCACAUGUUUCUCUGGACUGGGCGGUGUUGGCACUGGCUCUGUGGCUCUCCUGCUCUGUGCAGCCCCCGGCUUGCAGGGAGCGGGUUUCACUUCUGUUGGGUUUUCUCUCUGAAGAGGCGUCUGUGGAGUUGAGGCGUCAUGCGCCUGUGGGUGGGUAUAGGUGAAGAUGCAGGAGCCUGAACUUAUUGCAAAAACACUGCGAGCUGUUCUUCAUCCCUUUAAAAAUGGCAUACCUUUGUCAGAGCUUCAGGGUGAAUACAAAUCCCUGACCGGUGAGUGGAUUCCCUUCAGGCACCUAGGACAUGGCACACUGGAAGGCUACUUGGAGAGCAUCCCAGGAGUGGUCAGAAUGGAAGGAAACAAAAUAGGAGAGGUCGUUUGCCAUGCUGUUGCUUGCAGCGAGACUGUGCCAAUUGCUCAACUGGUGGCCCGGCAGAGGAGUUCCAAGAGGAAAAUGGGACGUCAAGUGAACUGCCAGAUGAGGCUGAAGAACACGUCUCCAGUCACGUUAGCAGGAAAGCCCAAAGGAACUUUGCGGCAGCCCAGGUCUUUGAGCAUGCCAGAAGAAGGCAGCAAGAGGCCUGUUCCUCGCCCGCCACGAGGCAGAGGAGUGGCGUGUGGAGUGGUGAAACCCAGUAUGGAGAGUGCCCGGCCUGCCUUGCCUCCAGCCACUGGGAGUGGACCACCUAAAGAAAUUCCCAUGCAGAGGCACGUCACAGUGGUAAACAGGUCUGAGAAGAGACUAACUGUUCCACCACGGUUUCAAAAGGAGUUGCAAGUUCACCUGUCCAGAAGCUCUUCCAUAGAUUCAAAUGAUAACUUGAAUACAUCCACUGCGGAGACACAUACUGUUGCCUCUGGCCCUUCUGCUGCUCAUGUCAAUGAAGUUCAAAGUCGCAUUAAGGAGAUUCUGAGCAAGUGCAGCAGUGGUGUCUGGGUGUCAAAGAUGCCACAGAUCUACCGGGAAAUGUACUGGGAGGAGCUUAGCACAGCAGUGCUCCGUCAGCUUGAGAACUGGCCUCAUGUGUGCACAGUGGAGAAAGUACACAGGGGUGAUCAGAUGGAUGGGCUUCUUUAUCCUGCUAAGAAAAUACCACCGAUAGCAAAAAGUGAUACAGACCAAGAAAAGGCAUCUGAAAAUGUUACUUCUUCAAAAGUAGACCCUUUGUUAAAACCAAAUGUAGACACCAGACCUGGAUUGCUUAGUAGUGAUUUCAAGCAGAAAGUUGUCAACAUCUUGCUGAAGUACUCUAGUGGUCUUUGGGCUAACGCGCUUCCCAAAUUGUACCAAGACACUUACCAAGUAAAAUUUCCAGAAGACAUUCUAAAUAAUCUAGAGUUGCUCUCAGAUGUAUGUGUAGUAGACUAUGUAUCUGAAGUCCCGAGAAAGGCCAUCCUCUAUGCUAAACCCCAAAGACGCAUUGAUGAAAAUCUGAAUGUCACUGAGAAAGUCCAGAGGCAUGAUGGUGUGAAGGCCACGGCUGAACAACAAUGUGAAGAAUCCAAGGACCAGUAUUCAGAGAACUUAACUGUUCCUCCUCUAAUCAUUCCGUCGGAAGGAUCUGUGUCCGUCAUGGUGUUAGAACUGAAAAACACUAAUGAGGUCCUAAUUAGGUAUGUGGGCAAAGAUUAUUCUUCCGCCCAGGAACAAAUGGAAGAUGAUAUGAAAGCAUACUAUAGUCAGAAUAGUACAGUGUCACUAGCUCAGUCUCUGAGUGUUGGGCAACUUGUUGCAGUACACGCUGAAGAAGACGCCUGGUUGCGCGCUCGGAUAAUUUCUCUAGAAGACAACAGAAUAAAGGUAUGCUAUGUUGAUCAUGGCUUCAGUGAGUUUGUUGAAAGCAACAGUGUGUACAAACUACAGAAACAGUUCAAUUCGCUUCCAUUUCAAGCUGCAAAAUGUAAACUGGCAGGACUGGAAGUCUUCUGUGAUGAUCCUGUCCUAGUAAAGACUGUGGAAUCGCAGACAUGCUCCAAGAUAUUUGCUGUGGAAAUACUGGAAAAGAGUGAUAUUCCUCUUCUUAUUCUCUAUGACACUUCUGGAGAAGACGAUAUCAACAUCAAUGCUACUUGUCUGAAGGCUUUGUAUGACAAGUCCCUUGCACUGCACCUACAGGUAGAUGCACUAUAUACAAAUGUCAGAGUAACCAGUGUUUUCUCUGAUGGAAGCCUGUAUUGCCAGGUGCCAUCUAAAGGCUUGUCUAGACUUUCCGAAAUCUUGCAGAAACUAGAAGACUACUUCCAUUACAAGCAGACAUCUGACUUAAAUGUAUCGCUACCUUUCUGUGGCAAAAUCUGCUUGUUUCCUUCCAAAGGAAAGUGGGCACGUGUAGAGAUAAGAAUUAUUCACACUAGACGGGCACUUGAUGUGCAGUUCAUGGAUACUGGAACAGUCGCAACUGUAAAAGUAUCAGAGCUUAGAGAAAUCCCACCACAAUUCCUGAGAGAAGUAAUUGCAAUACCUCCUCAGGCUAUAAAAUGCUGCCUAGCAGAUCUGCCUCCUAACACUGGCAUGUGGACUCCAGAUGCUGUGCUGUGGCUGAGAGACACUGUAAUGAAUUGUCCUGAAUUUAGCAUGAAGGUGGUUAAACAGGAUGAUUCAAAGGGAAUUGCACACGUUUACUUGUUUGCUCCAGAGAAUUUCCCAGACAUGGAUCAUAGCGUCAAUCGACAGAUCAAAAACGCAGACUUGUGGAAGCAUCAGAAAGAUGUUUUCUUGAGUGUUUCACCUAGUGGGACUAGCUCGACAAAAGUGACAAGUGAUGCUGUUUCAGCUCAACAGUUAACUAGUGGAAGGCUAGAGAAGAGUGUCUCUGAUUCAGCCAGAGAACCCAGCAGUGCAGUGUCUACCAUUGACAUGCCUCCACCUCUACACUUGUCAAAGACCGGUGAGCUCAUGGAUGUCUAUGUCUCAGUGGCCUGUCAUCCAGGUCACUUUAUUGUCCAGCCUUGGAAAGAGCUACAUAAUCUGGAAGCCCUAAUGGAAGAAAUGAUCUUGUACUACAGCAGGGCAGAAGAGAAACCUGUGAACAUUGAAAAAAACAAGCUGUAUGCAGCUAAAAUUGAAAAUCAGUGGUACAGGGUUAUAAUAAAAGGAAUUCUUAGAAAUGGGUUUUUGUCGGUAUAUGAGCUGGACUAUGGUAAACACGAAUUUGUCAGCAUAGAGAAAGUACAGCCACUCAUGGAUACGUUUAGAAAACUACCUUUCCAAGCUAUUACAGCUCAGCUUGCAGGAGUGAAAAGCCAGCAGUGGUCAGAAGAGGCAUCAAUAGUGUUUCGGAAUCUUGUAGAGAAGAAACCCUUGGUGGCACAGAUACAGGCAGUUCAUGAAAGCACUAACUCUUGGGAUCGAAAAAUAGUGACUUUUCUCGUGGACACAUCUCUUCCAGAUACUGAUAUAUGGAUUCAUGAUUUUGUGUCUCAAAGUCUUGUGGAAUUUUCAAAGGAUGAUUAAUCACCACUUCUGAAAUGUAGCAGCUCAGAUUCUUUAGCAAUAAAAUAAGUAACAGGCUUUGAAGAGAAAUAUAACUACUACAUGGCCUUGAAGACAUGAAGGUGAUAAAAUUGAAAAAUCUGUGUUCUGUGAAAAGGGUUUGUUUAACAAGUUUGGGUUCUGUUGACUUCAGUUGACUUUCUGAAAAUUUGCACUUUGUUUACCAUUGUAAUGCUAGAAUGUUUGGGUGAAAAUAUUAAAAAAGUUAUUUAUCAAUAAAA